UGUUGCCAAGAUGCACUAGUUGAUGUUAAGGAAUUUUGGGAGACAAGCAACCAAGUGUCUAAUGAAGAAAUUAUGGCUAUCGGCAAUGAUUUAAAAUAUUCAAUAUCGUUCCCCAUAAAUGUGCCAUCAUCUAAGGUUGGAGAAACGAAUGAAUUUCCUAUUACACUUGUACCCUUGAAAACUGGGCACCUUCUUGUUCCUCUCAUAAGAGUUACUAGCCUUGAUUCACAUACAUUUUCUGAAACUAUUUAUUUAAACAAUGCUGAACAAGUUCUUGUUCGACCUC